AUGGAGAGUUUGUCGAGCAGGCUCGGAUUGUUCCACAAGGCAAUCGCGCAGAGCGGAGUAGCGGUUAAUUCGUGGGCUCUCGCAACCAUGGGUCCCAAGGAACGUGUGUACCAACUUGCCGCGAAACUUGGCGAGCAUUCAAUUGAACCCGAGGUCGUCGUCGAAUUCCUAAAGACGAUAGACGCGAGGAAGCUCGUUGCCAUCGAAAGGGAAUUUUUGACACCAUUGCAACGUCACGUCGAAUUUGGAGUAUUUCUCCCAAGUAUAGACGACAAAUCUCCAAAUCCGUUCAUGCCGCAGCAUCCGUCGGUGAUGAUGCAAAGGGGCAUUCAAGUUCCUUUGAUGAUUGGUUUCAAUAACAACGAGGGCUCGAUGUUUCUGUCUCCAUUCCGGCCAAACGAAACCGAGCAUCUCGUGGCGAUCAGUGAGAAUUUCGAAGUGGUGAUGCCUCUGGAGCUGCGGACGCAAGUUAAGAAGCAUGGGAUCACUCCGAAAGAUGUGAAACGCUUGUACUUUGGCGACAAGCCGGUUUGCGAGGAGACGAAACAGGAAUAUGCGGAUUACAUAAGCGAUGCGCUAUUCCUUCAAGGCAUUUACGACGUGAUAGAUAUUCAAGUAGAGAAGGCUACGCAGCCCACAUACUUCUACAAAUUCGUACUCGAUAUCGAUACAUGGACGAAACUCGUGUUCAACACUACCCUGCCAGGAGCGGGUCAUGCAGAUGAUCUAGGAUUCCUAUUCUAUCCGUACGUGGCGCAGAAAUUGAACUUAGCGGCUCCGGAACCUGGUACUGAUAAGUAUCAAGUGAUGGAAUAUUUCACUACAAUGUGGACUGACUUUGCAAAAACUGGAAACCCAACGCCAAAGAUAACGGAUUUGAUUCCAACAAAGUGGAAACCCAUCGAGAAAUCAAGUACGUCCUAUUUGUAUCUGAAGAUCGACCGUACGUUGGAGAUGGAAAGCAGCAGCAAAGCGGCAGACAGAUGCAGGUUCGACUGGGAUAAAAUACUGAAACGCAAAUUGUAGUCGAGUUAAACUCAAUCAAUCGUUUACGUCAAUUGACUAAUUAAUCAGUUUCAACGGAAAGAGGAUAUCAGGACUAUCUUUCAUGGAUACAGCUUACCCAUUUCAAUUUUCACUUAAUAAUGAUGAGUCAUUAAAAUUGUUUAAUCUGUAAUUUGUGAACAUACUUUAACCCUUUCUGUACCACUGCCGCGUGUUGGCGGCGCCCAUAAAACGUUCUCUGGGUACUCCUGCCGCCUAUUGGCGGCAUCCGCGAAACAUUAUCUACCGCCAUUCCGCCUAAAAUCGGC